CUAGUGUUCCCUCUCCCCGAGGCAUUGGGAAGGAGAGUCCGGAUAAGACCCCGCGAAUAUGUCGAAACAGCCGGUUUCCAAUGUCAGAGCCAUCCAGGCAAAUAUCAACAUCCCAAUGGGAGCCUUUCGGCCGGGAGCUGGGCAACCUCCCAGAAGAAAAGAGUGUACUCCAGAAACAGAGGAGGGUGUUCCUCCUACCUCAGAUGAGGAGAAGAAGCCAAUGCCUGGAGCGAAGAAACUUCCGGGACCUGUGGUCAAUCUUUCAGAGAUCCAGAAUAUCAAAAGUGAACUGAAGUAUGUUCCCAAAGCUGAGCAGUAGUCGGAAGAAAGAAGAAGACAAAGGACUGAUUUAUUGUUG